AUGGGAGAAAAAUCUGUGGGUGAUUCUAAUCAUCCUAAGUUCACGUUUGCUGAAUUGGUGAUGGGAAAACAUAACAAAAAACAAGUUUCAACAACUGUUGAUAUAGGCUCUUUACCAAACCCUACUACCAGAGAUGGAAAACCGGCUGUUGUUAUUCCUCAAGACUAUUAUGAAGAAGGCUGUCAAAUAUGGAGAUUUAGCCUUAUUGGAAGAUUAGAUCUCAAAGGUGUGAAGCUCAUUGAUGUUAAAAAAAAUCUGGAACAGCAAUGGGGUUUGGGAGAAGCUGGGGUUCAGUUUAUCCCUAUGAACCGUGGUUUCUUCAUUAUAAAACUAUUAACUCAAGAUGACAAAGACAAAGUUUUCAAGGAUGGCAACAAAAAUCCAUGGAUUGUUAAUGAUCAGCCUCUUCGUUUGAUUGAAUGGUAUCCAGGGUUUGACGCAGACAAGCAAUGUACUUCUCAUUCAACGGUUUGGGUGAAGUUUCCUAGCCUGCCCGUGGAGAUGUGGGUAGAAAAAACGCUUUUAGCUUUAGGGAAAUCUCUUGGAACACCCAUUGUGGUAGAUAAGAGAACCCUAAAUCAUGAAUAUGGUCAUUAUGCAUCUGUUUUGAUUGAUAUAGAUUUUGCUAAACAUGAUACUGAUUCAGUUUAUGUUGAAGUUGAUGGUCGACACUUUCUGCAACCUAUUGAAAUUCUAAAACAACCUAAGUUUUGCUCCAAGUGCAAGAUUGUUGGGCACUUAGAUAAAGAAUGUAGGAAGAAGCAUGCAGUUAAUGCAUUACAUGCAGCUCAUGCACGUACAGACGUCGAAAAAAUGCUGGUUCCUCAUCGCAGCAGCUGGGUGGUUUUCUUCUCUACAGUUAGAUAG